AUGGCCGACGAGGAAGUCCAAGACGUCGAGGAACAACCCGAGGUCGCCGCCCCGGUGGCGGAUGAACCGAUGGACCUCAUGACGGCUCUGCAAAUUGUGCUGAAGAAGGCUGGCGCGUGCGACGGUCUGCACCGCGGUCUGCGCGAGGCGUGCAAGGCGAUCGAGUCCCGCAAGGCUUUGAUCUGCAUCUUGGCGCAAGAUUGCGACCAGGCUGAUUACACCAAGCUCAUCCAGGCGCUGUGCAACGAAAUCAACGUGCACUUGAUUCGCGUCCCGGAGGCGAUGGCGCUCGGUGAGUGGGCUGGUUUGUGCAAGCUCGACGCCGAAGGCACCGCGCGUAAGGUUGUGAAGUGCUCGUGCGUCGUGAUCAGCGACUUCGGUGAGGAAACCGCGGCGCUCGGCGUGCUUCAAGACUUCUUGAAGAACGCGGGCAACUAA